GUGACAAUGACACUGACAGUAAUUUCCAUUUUCUAUAUUGUUAAAUAACCAUUCAUAUUUUGAUUACAAAAUGUCUUCAACAUUAUUAAGGCUUAAACAAGUUUCAAAGUGUGCAGUAAAUGGAAAUUGGGUGCCCCGUGCUCUCUCCACUUCUGCUCAAAGACUAGCUGAGACAACACUCAAGAACGAUUUUGCUCUAUUAAAUCCUGAAGACGUGGAACACAAAAAGAAACUGCAGGAAUUGAUAACUGUGGAAGGAACUACUGAUUUAUCUCCGAUAAGCGGAGUACCAGAAGAGCACAUUAGGGAAAGAAGAGUAAGAAUUUACGAACCAGCUAAAAAUUGUAUGCAAAGUGGCACAAGUAAUAUUGGUCAUUGGCAAAUAGAUUUUGAUACGAGGGAGAGAUGGGAGAAUCCUUUGAUGGGAUGGUGUUCAACUGGAGACCCAUUAUCCAAUAUGCAGGUGGAGUUUUCAAGCAAAGAUGAUGCUAUCGAUUACUGUGAAAAAAACGGAUGGACCUGGUUCAUUCAGAAAAGCAGUUUGGAAAAAAACUUUAAACCUAAAAAUUAUGGAGUCAACUUUGCAUGGAACAAAAGAACCAGGGUUUCAACUAAAUGAACAUGUAAAUAAUUAUUUAAGGAAAUUAUAGACGUUUUAAUUCUGCAUAUUUGUUCAUUUUAAGUAAUAUCCACAUAAGCUAUUAACAUUUGAAAGACCGACUUAUCUUUUUUUUGAAAGUGAAUGGCUAAAACAAUAUUGUAAAUAAAAUAACUUAAAACGG